AUGGUGCAGGUUCGCGUUGUAAUCGUCAACGUAAUGUCCGGCACACUGGAGUAUGGACAUGGCACGCUUACUGGACCUCUGGCUCCAACACGAGUGCUUGGACCAGUGUUUCUUAUGCAGACCGAGCGUGCACUUUGUGAGGGGCUUGAAGCUGGAAUGGACGUCUCCCGCACAGGGGAUACGCUGAUCCUUUUUCAAGGCGCGAACACCUUUUUCUUUGUGGCCCAACCUGACUCUGCACAACAGUGA